GGAAAAUUAAGAAACAUUUUAGCUAUUAAACAGACCUAAUUUUUUUUUUUUACACAAAAUAAGAAGUUAAUGUACAUAGACGCAAGCACUAGUAACGAAGCUAAUGUUGCUUAGCUUAGCAAAGCCGGCUAACACGUUAGCCCAGCUAGCUAAAUUACUCCGUAUUAAAGUUUAAAACUUGUAAAUAAGUUGAACAGUUAGUAAUUUUAAGGGAUUUUACUUAUUUAAUGCAAAAUAUAUUUCGUUUAGGGUAUUAUUUUGUGCCACCUAUCCACCACUUUAGUUUUCAAAUGAUAUAAUUUUGACACUUGACGUCGCUGAUUUACUCCUGAAUUUUAAUCAGAAAUGAUUCGUAAAGUGACCCGACAACAGUCUUGUAGCGAUGAGGACAGCUGAAAAACAGUGAGAAUUAAACCCAGCACUCAGUAGAUACGUUUAAUUUCGGUGUAAAGUGAGACUACAAAGUUUGGUAGACGCUAUGUCUGGAUCCCCGGGCUCGAGUAGCUCCUCCAACCCGAGGAAGUUCAGCGAGAAAAUCGCCCUGCACAACCAGAAACAGGCGGAGGAGACACUGGCCUUCGAGCAGCUCAUGACAGACCUGACAGUCUCCAGGGUGCAGUUUCAGAAGCUUCAGCAGCUUCGUUUGUCUCAGAACCGUGCCCAGUACUAUGGUGGAUCCCUGCCCAACGUCAACCAGAUUGGCAAUGUCUGCACUGACUUCCAGGCCACAUUCCCCUCUGGUUUUGACUCUGUAAGAGGAACCAGGCACCACGGUCUGGUGGAGAGAGUCCACAGAGACAGAAACCGCAUCAACUCACCACACCGCAGACCUAUCGACAAACAUGGACGGCAAGCAGAGAGUUCUCCUUACGGACCUGUGUACCUGUCGCCUCCACCAGACAACAACUGGAGAAGGGAGCAGCAGCCAUGGACUGAAGACAAACGACCUGGGUUUAGAUUAAUAUCACAGCUCAACAGAACCAACUCAGACUCUGCUCUGCAUACGAGCGCAAUGAAUCCCAAUCCUCAGGAUCCAUUUGGUGGGAACCAGCAAGUGGGCAGAGGGCCGCCCCAGCGCAACGCCAGCAUGAAUGAAGCGGAGGUGGAUGGCAUCACUGGAGAUGUCUUCUCCUUCCCCAGCAUUGCUGACGAGGAGGGUUUGGUUGGUUUGAGUAAGCCAUUGCCCAAGCAGCUGUGGGAAGCCAAAAAGGUGCAGUCCCUUUCGUCGCGGCCCAAGUCUUGUGAAGUGCCUGGAAUUAAUAUAUUCCCGUCUCCAGAGCAAAACAUUGGUCUGUCCCACUAUCAGGGCACGUUAAAUACUGGCGGCUCAUUACCCGACCUCAGUAACCUCCACUUCCCCUCUCCUCUUCCCACUCCGUUGGACCCUGAGGAGGGGGGCUACCCCAACCUAAGCGGAGGGAGCAGCACAGGAAACCUGCCUGCUGCCAUGAUGCAUCUCGGCAUUGGGAAUUCUCAAGAUCUCUCUCUUCAAGGCCUCUCUUCCUCUCUGAGCAACCCUUCAAUCCAAGCGUCACUCAAAAACUCCCAGCUGCCCUCAUCUUUGAGCAAUCCCUCCAUCCACACUUCUCUGCGGCUCUCCUCACUAUCCAGUCCUCCACCAGGGGGCAUGGCCACCUCGCCCAGGAGAAGACCGGCUCCCAUCAGCCCCCUGACACUCUCACCUGGUUCUGAGCAGCGCCGCAGCCUUGGAAAACAACUCUCGCCCACCAUGUCACCAUCCCUCUCUCCCAUCACACAGGGAGUUCCCUUGGACACCAGCAACUUGCCAAUGGAGCCGCCGCCUCCCUACCCUCUCUACCAGCAAUCUCAGCAGGCCUUGCAGCAGCAGUCAUCCCAGUGUCAUCCGUCCGGCAUGGGCUCCCAGCAUGCUGUGGGACAGCGCCAACUACAGCAUCAGCCAGUUUCCCCAUUGCAAAGCAUCCCGCUGGAUUUCAACUCCAGUACUCCAAGCCACAUGGGCGUGUUCUUUAAUGAUCCGUUCAUGGAUCCACAGUUCUCCAGUCGCCAGUCCAAGGUUCAGUCAUACCAGGACCAGUUUAAUAUGCUAGAAAAUGCCAUGAGCUCCAUGGCCGGAGGAUUUGACUCUCCGUCCAGCCUGUAUUACUCCCAGGCCUCCCUUAUGGGCCUGAGCGGUAGUCAUGGUAACCUGCAGGAUCCUCUGCAGCUGAAGGCCAACAUGUUGUACUCGAACUGUGGAGGUGCCGUGCCCAACAUUAUCCUCACAGAUGAGUCCAGUCCAAGCCUUUUAAAGGACAUCAGCAGUGUAUUGUUAGCUGUGCCAGAGGGCUUCGAUACGGAGGGAGUUUUCCCACUGGAGCAUGAGCUUCAAAUCGAACCUCUCAGUCUGGAUGGAUUGAGCAUGCUCAGUGACCCCAACAUGGUUCUGCCGGACCCAUCGGUGGAGGAAAGCUUCCGCAGCGACAGACUCUGAAGAGAUUUUAAGCAUAUGAAUUCUUUCUCAAACACACCUGUAUACUCAUUCACUCUGAAUGGCUUUCACGGAUUACUGCUAUGUGUAACUAAAAAAGCAGCAGCACCCCAUUCUGCAAGAAUCAAAAGCAAGCAGAUUGUUUUUCAGUUUGUAGAAACACUACAGCUUCAGGUAUGAUGACAGUAAGUCCCUUGAUUACUAGUCCCCAGUAAUCAAGCAGCGUCUCUCAGGGGCCAUUCUGCCACUUGAUCAUGAUACACUGAACCUGCUCUGUUCAUUCUGACCCAGCAUAAGCCUGGUCAUGAAACAAUUGGAUUGUCUGACUAAAGCAUAAUCAAGACAGUAACCAUCAUGUUCCUCAGUCGGGGCCAUAUGUGUAAAAGCAUACAUAACAUGUACAAGUCAUCAGACUUGUGGUGAAGUCGUAAUGGAUCUAGGACUGUGCGGAUGAAUACAAUUCAAUACAGUUCCUAUAAUAAACAUUUAUUUUAGUCCUAAAAUAGUAUAUCACCAAAAAUCUGCAGUUUUUACAUGCACACU